UUCACAAAACUGCUGCCAUUUUUCCACAGCGGCGGUAAGGUUGCAGCUUGGAACGGUUUAUUGAGAUUCUUCGUCCCGUAACAUACCUGUGGAGUCUUACUUGGUACUUUGUCAGUUCUAGUGACUUUCUUUGAAACAUUUCCACGUUGGAUUGAGUUGGCACGAUCGCAAAAUAGUCAAACGUUGCUUCCAUUUCAGCGACAGAGGUGUGGUCACGGUAUCAGAUAUUUAAACACAAGGAGGUCAGGAAAUGAAUCACCCCGUCAUUGUCUACAUUGUCGUUUUUGCCUUACCCUGGACCAAGAGCCAGUUUCCGAAAGUCUGCACCACCCUAGACAGUCUAAGAAGUAAGGAGUGUUGUCCAAUCCCGAAAGGCUUCAGCCAACCAUGCGGGAAAGAUGGAGACAGGGGAAAAUGCCAGGAAUUGGACAUUCGUAAGUGGACAAUAAAGUACAGCCAUUACCAAACUUUUCAUAAAGAUGAUGACCGCCACGAAUGGCCACAGGCUCUUUACAAUAGAACCUGCAAAUGUAACGAGCGCUUUGGAGGUUAUGACUGCAGUAGAUGCGAAUUUGGUUUCAAUGGCAGUAACUGCAACCUGAAGAAACCCCUGAAACGCAAAAAUUUUUUGAAGCUGUCAGACGACGAGAAAGAUCGAUACAUGAAAUACGUCAACAUGUCCAAGCACUCUGUAAGUGAGUACGUGGUUACGACGUCUCCAUACAAAGAGAUCAUUAAAACUGUUUUGGCCGAUCGGGAUCCAAAGGACCUCUUCUUUGAUAUCAGUGUCUAUGACUACUUCAUUUGGUUGCACGAUUACGCUGCGAGGAAAACAAUUUUCCCGCUUAAUGUCACCAGAGAAGGUGUUGAAUUAGCACAUGAAGGGCAGGGAUUUCUCACUUGGCAUCGACUUUUCUUGUUAGUAGUGGAAAGAACCUUGCAGGAAGUUUCAAACGAUGAAGAAUUUGCCCUGCCAUACUGGGACUGGACUGAAAAUGUCACACACUGUGAUGUUUGCAAUGAAGAGCUUCUUGGCGUUACGGAUCAAGUUGAUGGCAUCGUAAAAGGUAAAUACCUAGACGACUGGUACGUCAUUUGCACUCCAGAACUAACUAAUAACGAGACAGAGUUGUGUGACCCCACGAAAAGGAAAAAAUCAUUGAAACGGAGUUUCAAUGAUUUUUCGAUGGAAUUUCCAUCGAAAAGCGAAGUCAGAUUUGCGCUCCGGUUCGCAGACUAUAGUCUCCCACCCCAUAGCAAACAUUCCAGCUGCAAUUUCGUAAACAUCCUGGAAGGCUUUGCUAGCGCGAAAACUGGGUAUCGACUGCCUAACGUCCACGGCUUGCACAACCAGGUUCAUUUGGUCGUCGGAGGACACAUGGCGAACGUACGAUCGGCGACAAACGACCCGAUCUUUCUCCUUCACCACUCGUUUGUGGAUCGUAUCCUGGAGAAAUGGCUCAGGAGGUUCAAUAAAGAUGCAAAUGUUCUUUCUCCUUACGAUGCACCCAUUGGUCACAACAAAGAUGACGUCAUUGUACCGCUGUUUCCAGUUUACACCCACCAACAGAUGUUCAAGAAUUCUUCCGAGUUUGGUUAUGACUACGACGACGUUGAUGAAAAUGGAAAGUCUCCUGAUGAUGAGAAAGAAGUAAAACCAAUUUCUCUUGGAGAUUGUCCAGUUCCUUGCCCCGGCAAGGAAUCUGCAGCAAGUGAAUCUGCAGCGCCUGGAAUGCGGCUGUGUUGGUGGCUGAUGUCAUCCGUGCUGAUGUGGCAGUUAUUGUUGGCUGAUUGAGGUGACAAAGAGGAACUGAGAAAAAAAGAAAAUACUCUCAGGGUGGGGAACAGCACAAAAUAGUGUUAUAAGCUAGAUUAGAGUAAGGCAUCGCGGAACAAAGUGUAGAAAUGAUUAGAAAAAAGCAGCUCAUUCAAUUGAGUUAGGAGCACGUUAGUAGGAAUAUAAAUUAAAAGCAUUAAACUGUGUAUGGAGUAAAAGAAGGCAUAUAUUAUACUAAACAAAAAGCGAGGAAGGAUUAAAAAAAAUAAUAAUAAUAAUAAUCGACUUUAUUUAAAGAGGGUAGACACAUAACAGCUUGCGCUGACA